AUAGUCGUUGCGUCUGUUGUAAGUUGUAACGCUUUUGAAGUAGAGAGGAAAAUACGAAUAUUUUUAACGAAAAUUACAGUUUACAUAAACUUAAAAUUAAGAAAAGCGUCCACGACGUUAUUUAUCUUUAUACAUACAAGAUACAAGUCACGAUGUCGAUCGGAGUUCCAAUUAAAGUGCUCCACGAAGCUGAGGGGCACAUCAUAACCUGCGAGACGAAUACCGGCGAAGUGUAUCGCGGCAAAUUGAUAGAAGCCGAGGACAAUAUGAACUGCCAAAUGCAGAACAUUACAGUGACUUAUCGGGAUGGCCAAGUGGGACAGCUGGAGAAUGUAUACAUUCGCGGCUCAAAAAUUCGAUUUCUCAUAUUACCAGAUAUGUUGAAGAACGCACCCAUGUUCAAACGACCCGGUGGCAAAGGAUCCGGCACAGCCGGUAGAGGAAAGUCGGCAAUAUUACGAGCUCAAGCUCGUGGCAGAGGAAGAGGACAAAAUCAAAGAGGCAAAGGUACUGGUUCGGCACCUUGGCUGAAUCAACAGAAUCAACCAGGUGGACCUCAACCUGGAAGAGGCAGGGGAUAAAUCUUAUGAUAAUAAACUUUAUUUUGAUUGUAAAUACAAGUGUAAAUUUUCAUUCCUUUUUACAUCAUUUCUAAACAGUAUAUUUCUGCAUUCAAAAUUGUAAUCUAUAUUUUUAAUGUGUGUGUGUGUGUGAGAUUAAUAAUA